AUGUCGUCCACCACUGCUCCGCUGGAUGGCAGUGAGCUCAGGUCCCAGGCAUCAGCACCAUCCCAGACAGCCCAAGACUUCAUCGCCUCUCAACUUCAACUCGAAGCCGACGCACGUGAGGCCCUUCCCUACCAAUUCGACACCUGCACCAAAGCACUGGGCGCUCUCCGUCAGUCUCUCUUCGCCUGCUUGACCUGCACGCCGCCACCAGCUUCGCCGCAUCAAAGAUUUACGCCAGCCGGAAUCUGCUACAGCUGCAGCAUAAGUUGCCAUGGCGAACACACUCUGGUCGAACUGUUCAGUAAGCGGGACUUUGAGUGUGAUUGCGGCACAACGCGGAUAGAGAGCACUCCUUGUUCACUACGGCACAAUGCAAAUACUGGCCGAAAGGGAGAUGUGAAGGGUGACAAGGCCCGAGAGGGCAACAAGUACAACCAGAACUUCGCGGGCAAGUUCUGUGGCUGCGGUGAGGAGUACGACCCGGAGAUGGAGAAAGGCACCAUGUUUCAGUGUAUGGGGCUGGGGACGGUGGAAGACGUUGGAUGUGGCGAGGAUUGGUGGCAUCCAGAGUGCUUGAUGGGACUACCGAGAUCUCAGGUCGAACCUGUGCUACACGCAAAGGCAGGAUCCCUCGAGACGGUCAAGGAGGUUGGCGAAGGCAGUGAAGUGGCUGUAAGUGAAGUGGCUGUAGGUGAAGAAGCAGUGCCAGAUACAGCAGGCGAGCCACCACUUCCACCGGGCUUCCCGGCGGAGGACGACUUUGAGUACCUGCUCUGCUACAAGUGCGUCAACACACAGCCUUGGAUCAAGCAGUAUGCCGGAACUUCGGGCUUCCUACCUGCAGUCACUGUCCAGUCUACCAGUGAAGCGAAUGACACAUCUGUGCCUCUCACGUCCUCAGAUGACUCGCAAACAAAGAAACGCAAAGCCGAAGAACUGAUCGAGGACGCGCAAGACUCUAAGAAGGCGAAGGUCGACUCAGAAGCGGACGUGACUGCACUACAAAGCAAUGGUCGCUCUGACUCUACAUCGCCACGGCACAGCUCUCUCCCCCCCACCCCAACAGGCACCAUAACCCUCUUCUUAAACGAAGACUUCCGCUCCAAUCUCUGCCGCUGCCCCUCCUGCUUCCCUCGCCUAGCAAAACACCGCCACCUCCUCGAAGAAGAAGAAACCUACUCCCCACCCAUCUCCGAAUCCGACCCCUCGGGACACCAAGCAAACGGCGCUCCCGGCUCCAUCUCCGGCCGCAGUGCAGGCACCGGUUCUUUACUCGAACGUGCCGAAGCUGCUUUAUCGUCCAUGGACAGAGUGAAGGCUAUCGAAGGCGUGAUGGCAUACAAUCACGUCCGAGAUAAGGUGAAGGACUUCUUGAAACCUUUUGCUGAGAGUGGGGAGGCGGUGGGGGCGGAGGAUAUCAAGGCUUAUUUUGCCAAGUUGAGGGGUGAUGAGAUGAAGGAGCGGGAAGCGAUGGUUACGGCGACGCAAGGGGGUGGUGGAGGGAGUGGUGGGGAUGGCAGGAGGGAGCAAGGCAUCUUCCUCCUCUUCCGCCAUGGUUUCACCCGCAAGCUAGGCUGGGUGUACGUCGUACUCCUCAGCAUCCUCCGUCUAAUCGGCGGCUCGGUGACAAUCUACAUGGACGUCAACAACAAUUACUCCGCCAGCUUGAUCGAGACCGCCGCCAUCACCUCCGCCGUUGGCACAGCACCAAUGCUUCUGGCGCUCAUGGGGUUCCUGGAACGCGUAAAUCAGGGGAUGGAGAGCAAGGGUCUGCCUCUCCUCAUUUUCCGCCCACUACAUCUUCUCUCUAUCGCUGGUCUGGUCCUCGCGAUCGUCGGCGGCGUGAACGAGAGCGAAGGCGAAGCUACUGGCCGCACACUCAUGAAAGCCGCUGCCCUCAUCUUCUUGGCGAUCUACCUCGCGCUCGUGGCCAUCGAUGUCCGCACCGGUAUGAUGGCGAACCGUAUCCUCAGCCACGAACGUCUGCUAGCGCGCGCCUGUCUCCUCGUCCUGCCGUUCCUGUUGAUCAGGGUGAUCUAUACCGUCGCUGCUUCCUUCGCAUCACAAGGCAGCGUCUUCUAUUUCCAGGACGUCAACGUCUAUAUCUCGGCUUUCAUGCAGUUCUUGAUGGAAGCUUUGACAGUCAGCACAUUCAUCUUUGCUGGCUUGUUCACGCCGAAGAUGGAGAAGAGGGCAGUGAGGGUGGGGAGUACGGAUGUUGAGGAGGGUGGGAAGGAUUAUGAGCAUGAUACUAGGCAGGUGAGGCAUGGGGGUCGAUCUCGGCAACAGCGACCUGAGUUCCAGCAGCCGCGGACGCUUGGUGAUUACAGACCGAGUCGGCUGCUAAUGAGUGCCAUUAACGGCCGUAAGUGA